AAUGAGUAGCUACCAAGUUGUAUUUGCACCAUGUAUAUCAAAACACUAUUGGCUACUCUCUUUUUGGUGCAUGCUGUGAACGCAGCACUGAAAUGUUACACAUGCGACAGCACAAAAGGCCACACUAACUGCCAAAGUGGAUCGGGAGUAAGUAGUGUAGAAUGUGGAAUGGCACCUCCCGUUAUUUCGAAAGCGUGCCUUCAAUAUUCGGAAACUGUGGACGGGUCGACAAAAUACGUAAGAGAAUGCUCCGGUAGGAAGAACAAUGUGUCGCCCUGCCAGCGCAUGAGAGAUCAGGGACGAAAACUUCCCAGUUGUAGCGAUUGUGACAAAAGUAAUUGUAACGGAACUCCUCUUUAAAGACGGUCAGUUAUCGAAUUGAUAGAAUGCAUGUGCAUAUUUUAAGAAAUUGUAACAUUUAAAUAAACGUUUUUGAUUCAA